CUCGUUCGACGAUAAGGUUUUCCUUUUUUUUUUUCGUAUCGUAAUGGUAGGUGGCCGAGUUCCAUGCCUAGCAGACGACCAAGUCUAGCAGACGGCGCAUAGCUAGCGUCGUUCGCGGGCGCUCGAGUCUGCGUUUUAAAUCGAACAUCGUCGAACGCCGAAAGGCACGCGUUAUCUCCCGAAUAAAAGCUGCCGUGUCGCCGAGAAAUUACGUGAGAAACCAGACGAAAUGGAUCCCGAAGCAUUCCUGGACAUGGCCAAUCAGGUCAUUAAAUUGAAAAUGUUCCCGUACUUCGACAUCGCGCACAGUGUUCUCUGCGCGCUACACGUCAGAGAAGAUUUAGGACCCGGUGCCCAAGCAUUUUCUCGGAAACACCCCCUGUCAUGUUGGCUUUCGACAAUGUUGGUAGUAUUCGCUGGCGGUAUGCUAUGCAAUGGUCUUUUAGGAGAACCGAUCCUUGCACCUUUGAAAAAUACACCACAAGUGGUAGUUGCAACUGUUGUUUGGUACGUGAUAUUUUAUACACCAUUUGAUAUCGGAUACAAAGUAGCCAAGUUUCUGCCUGUAAAACUUGUAUGCGCUACUUUGAAGGAAAUAUAUAGGUGUAAAAAGGUAUACGAUGGAGUAACUCAUGCAGGGAAACUAUAUCCAAACGCAUAUCUUAUCAUGAUUUUAAUUGGGACACUUAAGGGAAAUGGCGCAGGUUUUACAAAAUUGUUCGAGCGUCUUGUACGAGGAGUAUGGACCCCAACUGCUAUGGAACUUAUGCAACCCAGUUUCCCUACAAAAGCAUCGAUGGUCGCGUCUAUCAUCUUUGUCUUGGAUAAAAAGACUGAUCUCAUUUCGGCACCUCACGCAUUGGUUUACUUUGGUAUCGUUAUCUUCUUCGUGUACUUUAAGCUGUCGUCCAUUUUGCUGGGUAUUCACGACCCGUUCGUACCUUUUGAAAAUCUCUGUUGCGCGUUAUUCCUCGGAGGAAUUUGGGAUUCGUUAGCCAAAUUGCUGGGCAGAGGCCAAGCCAAAGACGAGAAAGCGGAUGCCAAAAAGAAGGACUAAAUGUUUGUAAUUUUAUAUACGAAGUCUCCCAAGAAAUUCAUUUUAAUAUUAUCAACGAUUUGCUAUGGAUGAAAUGCAAUGAAUGGAUGCAAUUUGAAGCUAGUCAUACGAUACGCGCGUGUUGAAGCGUGAUCAUCGACAAAUCAUUAAAUAUCAGAAGUACAAUAAUUUAUUACUAUACAUAUUUUAAUAAUGACGAGUGAUAUACGUAUCGAAGAGUGUAACUUCAAUCAUUGGACAAGUCAACAGUAUUAUAUCUGUUAACAGCAACGUACCCACGUAAUAGUUGAGGGUAUAAACACGCGCUCUUUGCGAAUUAUCCAACGAUUUUUUUUAAAAAACAGGCGUCUCCAUAAUAUCAUUGUUAGCGAUAACACUUGAUAUGUAAAUUCGUUAUCUUUCCUAAAUAUGAUUGUUCUUUUAGAGUUGAUUAGGAUACUACGCAAGUGAUUGCGGAAGCAUUAGAGAUAUGUCCCGAGUUGCCGAUUUUUUAAUAAUAUAUGUUGAGGCAAUUAAGAUAAGGUUACGAUAAGGUCCAUUUAAUGGACAAGAAUGAUUCGAAUCAAUAUCAAUUAAGAUUUGCUUGAAGCAUUUUUGUCUAUCGUAAAGUAAACGAGUUAUUGGA